AUGGGUGCUACCAGCUCCCAAGAUGAAUUUGCGAAAUGGGCGAAGCUCCGGAGAAGACAUGAUAAAGCUAUGGAGGAAUAUGACGUUAAGAGUACGUAUUUAUAUUCGGAAGAACUGGCAAUCUGGCCUGUAACAAUAUCGGAAGGCGUUUUGGUAACUGACGUAUUUAUCUACCAUCCAGGCAAAAAGCUUAACGCGAUGAAAGUUUCAUUUGACUGGACGAUCAAGACUGUCCGAUGGGCUUCUACCACCGGUAUUACCAUAAUUCUUCAGUUCUGGUUUUCCAAAUCACCUAUAUAUGACCUGCCUCGGGGGUGGUUUCCAUGGCAGGUGGAAUGGAUCUUAUCAUUCCCCCGCGCUCCCUUGGGAACGGUGAGCAUACAGGUAUGGGGAGGGGCCUGUGGGACUGUUAUUGCCUUGGUUGGAGGCGCUGUUGCGGCUAUUGUACCAGCUCUGAAAAGCAGUAAGCAAUCCAAGGGACCAGCAGUGGCACAGAAGACAGGAACUCCAAGAGGGAGUAGGGAACAGACACCCACAAGGAAGACGCAAUAG